AUGGUGGUGCUCGACAAACGUAGAUCGUUGAUAGUGUCCACCGCGGGCCAUUUCUUCGGCGUAUCUCUGACGGACGAGGAGACCAUCGCCAAUGGCCAAUCGGUGCUGGACAAUUUCCUGGACAGAGCCACGUGCAGAACCCUCUGUGCACAGCCGGCUGACGACGAGGACGACCAGACACGAUUGGAACUGAGCAACGAGCUACCUGUCGGCAGAAACACGUUGGUCUUCUUCAAGUUGACAGAGGCACCGGUGACGGAGGAGAAUUUUCACGAGCUCGUUCACGUGACAUCCACCGGAAGCGACAAAGGAUCGGCGCUGAUCGAGGCCCUUCGACAAGUAUGGGCUCCCACUCUUCGUUCCUCCGGGCUCAGUUCGACGUAUUUGAAGAAACUGGAGGAGAAUCUUCUCGGUUCGUCGGAUGCAGCUUCCGUUCAGGAGGAAGAGGAUCACUGGAGGAAGAAAUGGGAGGAAGCGAAUCGUUCCCACGACAGAACGAUCUACGCCGAGGCGGUAAAAAGUUUGAAGAACAUCAGGGCGGAACUCGAGAGCGCAGCGGUGGCUAGAGAUGGGUUGAUCGGGGUGGAGGAUGCCGUCGAGGCAGUUUCCGGUUACGUGGACGAUUUGUGGAAAUUAGGGGACCAGGUGUACAACGAGGAACGCAUGAGAUCCUUUUUGAAUAUCGUUGGAGACGAAGUGGUGUCUGUUGUGAGAAACGUGAUAGACGAGAUGCGUACUGUGGACGAUCGAGUGAAGGUGGAAGCGAUUUCGACCGGCGCGAGUAUUUGUGAGAAAUGGACGAACAUGGCGGAACAGUUCACCACGCUCUUCUGGCCCCAUCAUUCCGUUCAUCCCUGGAAGGGCGCUAGUCACAUCCCGGAGAGAUGUUCUCGUAUCGGUGUACGACUCAGGCAGAUUGCCGAGUUACGCGCUCAGUAUCGACAAUUAACCAGGCUACUGACAGCCAGCGAAAGAUCUGGACUUGGCACGGAUUCCUUGAUGCAAUACUUCGACGAUGUUAGAGUCGUCUUCGACGACGAAAGGAACACCGACUGGAAUCGACUGAGAAGAAAGGUCGAGGAGGGUUUGGUUCCCGCUGAGGAACGGGUCGCCCAAAAACUGAAGUCCCAAAUCGCCGAUGCCACCACGCCGAACUCGCUGCUCGCCGAAUUUCGACGCUACUUCGAAUUAAUGAAAAGGGAUGGUUUGAAAAGAGCCCUACGCGGAGAACGGGAGACCUUGCUUUCCGCGUACCGGGACCUCAUAGAAAGCUGCCUGGCCGGGCCGGACACGGGGGAUCUCUUAGACAGUCCCAGAAUACUCCAAGAAGUUCAAGCUGCCAGGUCGUCGGAAACGAGGCUGGAAAGUUUAAGCAAAUUAGGGAAAGAGCUGCUCGCUGAUCUUCCCGGAUACGAGGAAAUCUCAUCAAAAGUAACGACAGCUCUGAGAGACGUCGAAAGGAAACGGCAAAGUUUCCUCGAGGCUUGGACGGAGGAGACGAAGGACGCUGUGGUGAGAAGAGAAUUGUCUCUGGGCACCGAUUCCGCGGUGGUGGAGUUGACUGGGACUAGUAUGAUGCGAGUGACGUACGAUCCAAGGCUGAUGACUCUGAUAAGAGAAGCCAGGGCGCUUUCGAGCCAAGGAGUAGAGCUUCCUAGGGAAGUUAGAGACCUGGUGGAAAGGGCAGGUGCUCUGGCGGGUCGUGCACGGGCCCUUCAGCAGGUCGCGACCUUCCACAAUACUAUUGGCGAUCGCAUGGUGCCAUCCCAGAGACCACUGAUGCUCACAACUGCCCUCGAACUGGCUCGCGCUGUAAAAGAACAAUCCGGAGUCGUUUGGUCCGAUCCUCUGGCUGUUGACGCUUACACCGCCAGGCUGAAGGAAUUGGUGAGAAAGUUCGCGCAGCAGAAUUCCGAGCUGGCCGCUAAGCACGGCGCGUUGCGAGACCUGGUGUCGAAUUUAUUAAAAGGGGAGACUGUUAAUCUAAUUGGGAAUCAAAACGCUUGGAAGGACGCCCUGAUGAGCAUGAGAACUAUCGUCGACACCGUGGAAGCUGAAUACGGAAACACGAAAGCAUGGAAACUGCACUGGGACAGACAGCUGCUCAAAGCACUGGACGUAGCUUACAGAGGCGCUCUGCCGUCGCUAUUGAAGAAAUUGCCAGAUAUUAAAGUGGAGCUGACGUUUCGGGACGGAUCUUUGCAAUGGAGGCCGCCUCUCGAGGAGAUCCGCGCGAAAUUGUACUCGGCGAUACGUCGAUCGCUUUCGAUCCCGAUGAACUUCAGGGGGGUCGGGGACGCGGCCGAUGCACACUUCGGUGAUCUGAUUCAAAGAAACGGCUAUCUGUUCGGCGGCGUCUACAAGCAGGCCGAAAUUGCUCUUUCCGCUCUGGAAACGCUCAGAAUGAAAUGGCUGCAUCUGGCGGCGCCAGCGAAAAUUGACGUUGCUGAACGACUGAAGGGACGCUCGCCGCAAGAAUGGACGAGGGCUUUCAAAGACUCCAAACAAUGGGCACAAAAGGUUGGCAAACUGCGGGGAAGCGAGGUGAGAAUUUGGUGCGUCAGCGUGGACACGGUGACGACCAGGAACGACUUGGAAUCGGCUACCCGUCGAUUCUGGGAACGUCUGUGCUCCGAUCUGAGGGUGGAAGCCUCGUCGAGGCUGGUAGCCAUCGUGGAGUUCCUUUCUUCCGCCUCGAAGGAACUGGAACGUAGACCUCGAAGCGUGGAAGAAGUUGGAUUGGCUUACGAGGCACACGAACGAAUCCAAGCGCAAUCGUCCGGUAUGGCUGAAGAGAUGGAAGCCAUUGCUGGACUUUCCAAAGUAUUGGCUGCCUGGACCAGCGAGAAUCUCGAAGGUGUCAGCACAGCGUACACGUCCUGGCAAGACCUGACUGAUCGUUUGGAGCGUCACAAGGCGGUCGUAGCCCGCGAACUCGAGGACGCCAAAGUGAAUCUUCGUCACAGAACGGUGGCUCUGCGAGACGAGCUGGAAAGAUGGCAAACGAAAUGGUCUUCCAAGCCAGAAAUUCUCGCCCUGGACUGGAUCAUAUCCAUGAGGGAGAGAUGGACGAACUUGAAGGAGCAGCUGGACGCUCUGAACGUCGACUGUCGAAGAGUCGAGCUGAGCACCGACGACAUUUUGGAGAACAACGAGGAGAACAUGAAGAAGCUAGAGCUACAGCUGGACGUGGAGGAAUCCAACUGUCGGUUUCAGGCCGAAUUUUUGGAGGAACUGAAGAACCAAGAGGAGGAAGAGUGGACGGUGGCGAGACGGAGGUUGCCCAGGCUUCACGAUUGGUUGGAUUCCUGGGAGAGUAGAAUACGCGUACAGCUGAAGGAUCAAUUCAAAGACGAGUCGAUGGAUCGCAAGGAUAGCAUAGAAAUGGACACGUCCGUUGGCAGAAAGGUACGCGAGGUCAGAGACGCCAUCGAGUGGCUGCAGCUUCUCCGUGGGGACGAAAUUGCGGAGGAACAUUGGGGCGAAUUGAAGCCGCUUCUGAAUUUGAACGACGUCAGGAACGCGAGGGAUAUUACCUUGGGCCAUUUGCUCCAUUCCGUGGGGAAGAUCCAGGAACACGCCGAGAAGAUAAAGGAAACAACGAAAAGAGCCGCGGCAGAGAGCGGUAUACGCCAAGGGCUGAUGGAACUCGAAUCCUGGGAGGCGUCGGCUCAUUUUCAACUACAAGAUUCAAAGGACAGCAAGAACGCUAAUAUCCUUCUCGUCGAGGAAUAUGGAACCCUGUUAGCGAGAGCGGGUGAACUGAGACUGCUGUUGGAGGGCGCGAAGGGGGCGGCUGGCUACGAAAGGUUUGCUGCCCGCGUGGCUCGUUGCGAAACCGGACUUUCGGAGGUCGAGGAGAGAAUAAAGAUCCUGAGCACCAUUCAGAGGAAAUGGGUUUACUUGGAACCGGUUUACGAAGGGGGCGCAGCCCCGAAUGACACUGGGAGAUGGUCCAGGGCCAACAAAGAAUUCAGGUAUCUCAUGGGAGAGGUGUCUCGCGAUCCGAGGCUGUCGUCCUUAAGGAGACUCCCUAUUACAGCCUUCACAAAUUUGAAGGAUCUCCUCGAUAGAUGUCAGAGAAGCCUCGACGAGUACUUAGAGGAGAAGCGGUCGUCCUAUCCGCGGCUGUAUUUCCUAAGCGACGAAGAUCUCCUCGAAUUAGUGUCAGCCAACGGCCGCGGUCUGGAGGCUCAUCUACCAAAAUUGUACCAGGGCGUCGGAUCAAUAAUAAAGGACGAUAAUGGACUGACGGCCGUUGUAUCGCCAGAAGGUGAAACGUUGCAGUUAUCCAGCCCCGUUGACCUCCGCGAUCCAUUACCGCGAUGGCUGAGCAAUCUCGAGGAGGGGAUGAAAAACGCUCUUCGUCAAGGCUUGGAGAAAUGCUUGAUCGACACUACGCCAGACCCGUCGUCCUAUCCGACUCAAGUUCUGCUACUGGCGGAAAGAAUUCGAUUUACGGAACGAUGCGAGAUCGCGUUGAAGGAAGGUCGCUCGUCUUUGAAGAACCUCGUCGAAUAUCUGGAGACACAAAGGGCUAGGUACAGGGGGCUGGAGGAUGCUGGUGACAAAUUGACUGCUUUGAAAGCGCGCGGCCUCCUCCUUGACACUGUUCACCACCUCGAGGUAGCUAGGAAUCUUCUGAAUGUCACCCUGCAGGAGGAGAGCACCGUCUGGGCCUGGCAGAGGCAGCUCAGGAGCUACAGAACCAAUAAAGGACCGGUAGUGCGUUGUGCCGGGGCGGAAUUUCCAUACCGUUUCGAGUACCAAGGGGCGGCAGUAGGUUUGGUACAAACUCCGUUGACAGAAAGGUGUUUCCUGGCUCUCGCUCAGGCCAUGAAACUCGGCUUGGGCGGCAGCCCAACCGGGCCAGCUGGAACUGGAAAGACCGAAAGCGUCAAAGCGCUGGGAGCUAUUCUUGGCAGGCUGGUUUUAGUUUUCAAUUGCGACGAAGGAAUGGACGCUGGUAGCAUGCGACGGAUCCUAGGUGGUCUAGCACAAGCUGGUGCAUGGGGCUGCUUCGACGAGUUUAAUCGUCUCGAAGAGGAGACGCUCAGCGCCGUGGCCAUGCUGGUCAGACCUCUUCAAGAAGCUGUACGCGACGGUGCAUCUCAGGUUUUGUUGGACGACCAGAAGGUGAACCUUGACCCGCACUGUUGCGUGUUCAUCACGAUGAAUCCCGCCGGGAUCGAGUACGGUGGACGUCGCAAGCUUCCGGAUUCCCUGGCAAGACUCUUUAGACCGAUCGGAAUGGCUCAUCCCGACAGAUCUGACAUAGUGAAGGCGUUGUUGGAGUGUGCUGGAUUUUUGGAUGCUUCCACCCUCGCGGUGCAGCUCGUAGAAACGUUGGACACCGCGGAGAUCCUUCUUUCCAAUCAGCCACACUACGAUUGGGGCCUCAGGGCCCUCAGAUCCGUGCUCGACGCGAUUCCCACGGGAGCUGACUUGGACGAGACCAGCAGAUUAGUGGCUGCGAUCAGGGCUUCCACGUUGCCUAAAUUGACGGAGGAGGACACGUCCAAGUUUCUAUUGCUGUUAGAAGACGUUUUCCCGAGAGCAAACCCCUCGUCCUCCACUUUCAUCGACAGACGAGAUCUACAGGCUGCUUUGCUCGAGCUUUGCGAGGACCAAGAACUGGGCAAGGAGAUCGCCAACAGGUGCAUUCAAUUGAACGAUCAAUUGAAAAGCAGAACCGGCGUGGCGAUCGUCGGUCCGCCAGGAAGCGGCAAAACGACCAUCAGGAAACUGCUGUGCGACGCGCUGACGAAAAUUGGGGAAACGGUCGUCGAGUUUCACGUCUAUCCUGGCGCCAUGCCGAAAUCCAGGCUUCUCGGGCGCAUCGAUCCCGAAACCAGGGAAUGGAAGGAAGGUUUGCUGUCGAGCUUCGUGGCAUCCGCCGGUGAAUCGACGACUUGGAUUAUCCUGAACGGCGACGUGGAACCCGAUUGGGCCGAGGCUCUGAACUCUGCUCUGGACGACAAUCGAUUACUGACCUUACCUAACGGAGUGGGCGUGAAACUUGGCUCUGGAACAAAGUUCAUUUUCGAGACCCAUAAGCUAGCCGGCGCGAGUCCAGCCACCGUUUCGCGAUUAGGGGUGGUUCAUUUGGGCUCGACUAGCCCCAGCUCUUUGCUGGUAUCGUCGCGAUUGAGAGGACUGCCAGAGGCGGCGAAAGAGCUCGCAAAUUCCCACCUUUGUCCCUGUAUCGAGGAAUGCUUGAAGAUCAACGCUGACGUUUCCUCGGCCUCCGGUUUAAUGGACUCCGCGUGUUGCCAUUUAAAGAGCUCUCGCACUCACACCGCGGCUUCUCACGCUCUACUUGCGUCUUUGUGCAGCCAGAUAGGGGAUGAAAGGCCCAGAGAUGAUUUGGCACGUUUCGUUUACCAAUCGACCGACUGCUGGUGUCCAAAUCCGCAGAAACCAAACGCUGUGCUGUACAAUGGGGAUACGGAUCGAUUGGAGGCUGUCGGUGACGCUGAUCAAUCAACGGACACGGACGAUGGUCCUGUUUCGCUGUCAGGCACUAUGAAGGGCGCCUUGUCGUCUGUUUUGCCGUGGAUCAGGGACAACCAACCUAUUAUGAUAAGAGGUCCAGAGGGCUGCGGGAAAAGUACCCUAAUAUCCGUUAUACUCUCUGCUGUUAGAACCAACGAGCCUUCGACUUUGAUAAAAGGAUCCUCCCUCUACGGGCCUCAGGAUUUGGUCACGAAAUUGAAAAGGGGCUGCGUGCAACUGAACUCAUCUUCUCACGGGAGGAUCUACAAGCCCAGAAGCGGAUCCAGAGUUAUUCUGAUUUUGGAAGAUUUGCAUCUGGCUUCCAAGGACCUCCAGGAGCUGGUGCGAGAGCUGCUUCAAGAAGGAGGAUUCCACGAGGAAGAUCUUGAAUUCGCCAUAGUUCCUUUGACCAUUGUAUGCACAGCUGAUGCUACCACUAGAUUGCAUCCCAGGCUGGAAGCACUUUUGUCCACUCGCUAUUUGCCGUAUCCAAGCGCAAAGGACAUCGUAGCAGUGUUGGAGCUGCACCUGAGAAACUCCUUGGUGGGGAACGAUGUACUGAUCGAAUCCUGGAUCGCCCAGACGACGCCCUCCAUGCUGGAAGCUUUCGAGUUAAUGAAAUCCUCCCGUGGCUCGUCCAUCGAGUGGACUCCCAAGGAUUUGAUUUCCUGGGCAGACAGUUUAAAAUACUAUCCCACCCCGGAAAAUGAAGCAGACAUUACGCGUCAUUUGUUGGACGCUGGACAACGGUUGUUCCAUCCUAGACUGGCAUCGCGGGAUCAGUCACGCUGGGAAUCGAUAGUCCUGUCGAAAGCACCGAUGACACAAAUACCUGGUAACGACGUGUACAUAUGGAAACUCGGGAAUACCGGGUUAUUACCGUUGGACGAGGAACAAUGGACGAAGGAGAUAAUUAAUGCUGCAGCGAGAUGCGCCAGGGAAGGCGAUCCCGUGCAAGCGUCGAUUUCGUCUCACCUGUUGCGCACAGUGGCCGGUCUGAGCUGGGCUUUCGGGACCAAUCUGAGGGGCGUGAUUUUAAUUGGACGACCCGGAGCCGGAAGAAAGUCGGCCGUGAGACUCGCUGCCACCUUUUCCACCCUACGUUUGGUGGACUCCGGGCCUGGGCGUGGUCGGGCCUCGAUGAAAACCGCGGUUCAGGCUGCUGGGAUCGACGGUGAACCGACUCUCCUCUUGCUGGAGGAGCACCACAUGAGAGAGAGUGGAUUGGCUGUUCUGGCGAGUGCAAUAGUGUCAAGAGGAGAGCUACCAGGACUAUUUACAGCGGAGGAACUCGACGGCUUAAUAGCGCCAUUGGCGGACGUGGCCAGGAGAGAAGAUUUCUCGGGCACUUUGGAACAAUACCUCUACCACCGUUUACGCAAUUAUCUUCGAGUUGCUAUGAUCGUGGACACCGGAGAAGUAAGAUCGUCCUGGUUGGCGCGUUCGAGGCUCCUCAGACACUGUGCCCUGAUCGGGCCAGGUCUGGGCAGCGAAUGGUGGUCCUGGGAGGUUCCGUUGAUCGAGCUGGCGAACCUUCAAAGCGGCAUCAAGAUCGACGACGCGGAGGAGACUCUGCCUGGCGUGAAGGCGAUGGUCAAGGCUCAUCUCCAGGCCCCGCGACAGCAACGAGCUCCGGCGCGGUUCUUGGCGAUGGUGCACACUUGGAACCACCUGCGUGUCGCCUGGAGCGAAGAAAUGGAGCAGAAGCUGGCCAGCCUUCAGGCUGGGAUAGGUAGAUUGAAGGAUGCUGGCGGGCAGGUGGCCAAACUGGAGGACGAAGUCUCUAAGCAGCGGCAGGAGUUGGAGGCGGAACAAGGACGUGCAAACGCGGCUCUCGAGCAGAUCACAGCCACCAUGAGAGGCGCCACCGGACAGAGAGGAGAGAUGACCAACUUGAAGGCUGAGACUGAACGUGAGAGCGCGGAACUGGCGCGCAGAAAGGCGGAUAUCGAAGGGGAACUGGGCAAGGUCGAGCCUCUGGUCGAACAAGCAGCGCAAGCAGUAGCAGGCAUCAGCGCUGACGCGUUGGCGGAGGUCCGUUCGUUGAGAGCGCCUCCAGCACCAGUUCGAGACGUCCUCGAGGGCGUUCUUCGAUUAAUGGGAAUAAAAGACACGUCUUGGAACAGCAUGAAGACGUUUCUGGCGAAACGCGGGAUCAAAGACGAGAUUAGAACUUGGGACGCGAGGAGAAGCACGUCGUCCAGUUUGGACGCGGUUGCCAAGUUGGUCAAGGAGCGGCCGGAGAGCUUCGAGGAGAAAACCGCGAAAAGAGCAUCCGUGGCAGCGGCUCCGUUGGCUGCCUGGGUCCUGGCGAAUCUGCAGUAUGGUCGGAUCAUUCAGCAGGUCGCGCCUCUCGAGAGGGAACAACGAUUGCUGGCCGAACGUCUGUCAGCCGCGGAAGCUCAGAUUGGCAAGCUGGAAGCUGGACUGAACACCGUCGAAAGUCGCGUGGCACAGCUUCAGGAGGAACUCGCAGAACGUUCGAGAGGAGCAGCCGGAUUACAAUUGCGCGCUGAGGCCACUGAAGCGAGAUUAGCAACUGCCAGAGCGUUAUUGCAGAAGUUGGACACGGAACACAGAGAUUGGCAAGCACAGCUGGAGGAACUGACUGACAGAAAAGAGAAACUGGACGUGGAGGCUGCCAAUGUGGCGUCGUUGUUGGUGUACGAGGAUCCCGGGAGGGAAGACAAAUGGAAAAAGUUGGCGAUCGAGCUAUUGAUCACAGAGCGAGAGAGAUUGCUGUGGCGGGCGCAGGGUUUGCCAGCGGACACCGGAAGUCUCGUGGGUGCUUCCUGCGCCCUCAGGGGCCCGUUGGUCCCCAUAUUUGUGGACCCAUCGGGAGUGGCGGUCUCGUGGCUGAAGAACAACGUCGGUUCCAGGAUGGAGACCACGAAACCGGAAGACGCGAAAUUUCUGACCACUCUAGAGCUCGCCGUGCGUUUUGGGAAACCUUUGUUGGUGGAGGAACUGGUCGACUUUCCCUCGAUUUUAUUGCCAUUGUUACGUAGACGUCCUCUGAGGCUCGGCGAGCGAACUUUGCCGGCUCCGCAGGGUUUCAAACUUUUCUUGGCCACCAGACGCGACAAAUUGGAUGGCUUUCCGAGGGAAGUUGACGCGGUCUUGUUCAAGAUCGCCCUUGGGGCCGGCUCGAAGAGCCUCGCCGAAAGAUUUGUCGAAAGGGUUUUGUUGAAGGAGACGCCGGAGCUGGCGACGCAAAGGAAAGAGGCGCUGGAACGCGAAGAAAAAUUAUCAGGCGAACGGGACACCGCCAGAUUGGAUCUGUUGGCGCAGCUGGCCACCGCGAAAGGUCAAGAUCUCCUCCAGGAGUCUGAAGGAUCUCAGGGCGGGCUCUUGUCGUCGUUGGAAGCCACUCAGUCGAAAGCCAAAGAGAUCGCGCUGGCCCUCGAGGAGAGUCGACGGAGCUUGGAAGACGUCACCAGGAGAGCCAAGGACCACGAGAAAUUAGCCAAAUUCGCAGCUGGCUUGUACAAAACUGUGAAAGCCUCGACAGCCUUGAGUCCGCUCUACGUCUUUUCGUCGGAAGCUUUUACCGAUAUUUAUUUGCAAGCGGAAGAUUAUAGAUCCUCGAUACUCUCUCAGGACAAGAAAGAACAGGAUAAACUGAUCGAAAAACGAUUAAUAGGUUUAACCCUGUAUUACUGCGCGAACGCCGUGUACAGAAAGCAUCGAUUACCCUUGGCACUGCAGCUGGCGCUUUCCUUGCAUUCAGUGCCGGACAUCGAGAGGAACUUCCUGUUAGGUAAAGUGGUAUUGGACGAUGACGAAGAUUCCGAUUACAGAGUGCCCGAGUGGGUACCCGAGGAACGCCGCCUAUCCGUUCGAGCUUUGGUGUCAUCCUUGCCUCAAAUAGUCAUAAGAAUGAAGCCAGCCUGGCUAAACGACGUCAGCAAUAUUUACGCUGAAACCGGGCUGACCACGUUUCAGAAAAUUUUGAUCAUAAAGACCCUUCGUCCGGACUACCUGCACACUGCUCUUUCGAAACUGGCUGCAGAAGUACUAGGUGUGAAAGACUUGGCGCCUCCGCAGUGGUCUCUGGGUAAGGUGGCCGAGCAGGGAUCGUCGAAUCCUGUGUUGCUGCUCCUAUCGCCUGGAGCCGAUCCUGGCUCGGAGCUGAGAUCGUUGGCCAACAACCAGGUUGCGUCUGCCACUGGGUUCGUGGAGGUGUCUUUGGGCCAGGGCCAAGUUGCUCAGGCUGAACUGGCGCUGGAAAGUGCUUGCAAAAACGGUAACUGGAUUCUCCUGAGCAACCUGCACCUCGCCCUAAACUGGCUGCCACGUUUGGAAAGUAUUCUACGGUCACCGAUGUGCACGACCAACAAGAACGCUGCCACGAGGAUCUGGCUAACCACCGAGGAGUGUCUAGGAUUCUACCCAAGCCUGGCUGGUCUCUGUUUGAAGCUGGCGUACGAGCCGCCGGAAGGCGUCAAGAGGAACGUGAAGAGGUCCCUCCAGCAGCUCCAACAGAAACAGCAAAACAACGCGAACGUUCCCGGAAGCGUUCUGCUGUCCUGGCUCCACGCCACGCUUCAAGAGCGACGAAAGUUCGUGCCCCAAGGCUGGAUCAGGCCUUACGAGUGGAACGAGUCCGAUCUCGAGGCCGCCUACGAGCUGGUCGUCAAGAACAUGUCUUCGAAGAAGGACAAGGACAGGGACGGAAGCUGGCAGACUGGCAGGGGGCUGUUGGACGUCGCAGUUUACGGCGGUAGGCUUCAGGACGACUACGACACGAGAGCCCUGUGCUCGAUCAUUCGCGACGUCUGGUCCUCCGCGGUGUUCGAGGGCCGCAGGAAGCUGGCUGGCACGCUGAGGGUGUCUGAAAGAUCGUUCGAGGACGCGUUCAAGGCUUUGGAACAGCUGCCUGACAGCGACUCACCCAAAGAGUGCUUUGGACUGCCUGCUAACGCGCAUAGGGCUUGGGAGAGGGGAGCUGCUGAGGCUGCCUUGUCGCAUCUCAAAGGUGUCCUGAUCAAAGUGUCGGGCAGCGACGAAAGAAGCAAGAAGACGGAAUCGCAGGUGCAAAGAGACCUGAAGGAGUUGAUCGAUCGCAAUGGUUUUAUAUUUGGAUCGUCCAGCAUAGAAACCGACAGGAAGAAGAACACGCUGGAAAGUUUCUUCGUCGACGAAAUGAAUUUGACUAAGAAGACGCUGAACCUUGUUCGAGUGGACGUUGAUAUUCUACAUUUCGAGGACUCCAAGACCCCGACGCGCUGGAUGAAAGAGUGGGAAUGUGGGCCCAAAGAAAUUUUGCCUUUCGUUAAAGGGCUAAUGGCCAGGUACCAAGCCCUCGAGUCCAUGCUGUCUAUUUCCUCGUCCAUAGUGAACAUAUCGCGACUGGCCAGUCCACGAGCGUUUCUAACUGUCCUGAAACAACACACUGCGAGAGAAACGCAGCAACCUCUGGAAAACCUUCGACUUCGCGUGAAUUGGUUGGAGAAUCGUAGAAACGAGGAGUGGAAGAUAUCGUUUAUCAUCGAGGGGCUUCUGAUAUCAGGUAACUACGUUGAUUACUUGAGUGCAUUAAUAGAGAACGGCACUUUGGUGGACCUGGACGCGAACGCGGCAUCCGUUGCGGCUGCACCGAGCUGCCAAAUUGCGUUCCUGCCCGAAAACUGUACACGGGAUAGUUCGGACAACAAAGUAAUGGGCGACUAUUUGAGAAGCAACGAUUCCGACGACACGCUGAGCAUUCCGGUUUACGCGAAUUCUCAAAGGGACAUAUUAAUUUGCUCGCUUCCGGUCAAGUUUCACAGGGAGGAGCACGACGACUGGUUACGUAGGGGCGUUGCUUUUCAUCUAAAAUUAACUUAA